UUACUAUGAGGAGGAGAGCUUUAAUCAGCAUCCGUUUUCGAGGGUAGUCGAGCCCUUUGUUUUUUUUUUAUAGUCCAGUAUUUUUUUAAUUAGGCCUUUAGUAAGUUACUUUCUGCUUGAUUUAAUCUAACUUAACGUCGACAUGGCGGAUUGGAAGAUGCCAGUGAGUUACAAUUUUAACCCAUCUUAUCAUGCGUAUGCAUACGGGCUCAUGUACCCGCAAGUGUCAGAACACGGCGUCCCGAAUCUGAGCUGGCCCGAGACCGCGUACACGCACUCCGGCGGGGUCACCGCAGGCUACUUUACCGCUCAAACCGCACAGCAGUCGCCGCCCUGGAGCCCGGAGAAUGGCGGGGCCAGCGGCACCUACAGCCAUUAUCCGGGACACGCGCAGAACGGACGACUCUUUCUGUCCAAUAACAAGACUGAGCCCGAUCCAAAGGCUAAAGAUGCAGAGCAGGCCAGCAGCGACACACCCAGUGAUUCCGAGGCCCACACGCCAGAUUCCUGGAGCUCCGCAAGCAGUCGAGAAGGGGUUCCUCUGACCAACCUCAAUCUGCCGUCCUGGAGAGAUCGGGACUAUGAAACUGACAGUGGCAGUCCUGACAGCGGAGAACAGAAUUUAACCUCCAGAGCAGGAGAGGAGCCAGUCAAUCUGAAUCUGGGGGUCGAUGCUCUGCCUCCUCUGCCUGCAUUGACUGCAUCCCCAGUCCGACCUCCGACCCUGCCCCGCAAGACCCGGGCUGCAUUUUCUGAAGAGCAAAUGAAUGCUUUGGUCAAUCGGUUUAAUGUCCAGAGAUACCUCACACCUGCAGAGAUGAAGACACUUGCUGGAGCGACAGGAUUAACAUACAAACAGGUAAAAACAUGGUUUCAGAACCGCAGGAUGAAACUCAAGAGGCAUCAGAGAGAUAGCAGUUGGAUGACGGAGAGAUAUGUUGUUAAUGCUGUACCCAACACACCAGCUCCUCAAUCUCAGUUUCAGAAUGAACCACCUGGAGCAAGCCAAGACCACUACAGUAACCCUCAGGUGAGGGAACCUGUUUUCAAGAGGAGCCCUCCAAAAACAGCCUUCUACCACAGUUACCCACAGCCACGCUCCCCAACCCAGGCCACCACGAGACCCCCAGGAACCUGGCCUCUGCCCCCAGCUGUGACGCACUACGAGUUCCCUAACCCCAUCAGCUACAUGCCAGCACGUGAUGGCAGCAAUGCAGCGAACAAAGAAAGCAGCCCUUCUCCGCUGGCAACUUCGCCUACUGCUGGCCUGUGGGCAACUAAAGGAAUAACUUUGCUGUGAGUCCAGCUGCUUUGUGUAUAUUAUCAAUCUUCAGCCAUGCAGCCUUCGAUCUUCACCAUGUUUGUAAAUAGAAUUUUUUUGGCAACACAUUGUUGGAUAUUUUUAGGCAGUGAUGUCAUGGGUUGCCAGUUGGGGUUGAGCGAGACUUGUCUCCUGAUUUUUGAUCCUGUAAAGUUUGCCUUUUUUAAACUCCGCUUUAUACUGGAGAUCUAUUUUUAUAACUUUUUACCUAUUCAGAGUAUUUAAUAUGUUAAUCCUUUGCCCUUCGAGAUUUUUCUUUUUGAUUUGGUCGGGACUAAUUUGUCUUAUGAAUUUGUAUGAAUGUAUGCAAGGCACUGUGCAACAUCUAAUGUGAAUGGGGAAAGGGUUGUCUGUACUGCACUGUUCUAUCAAUCUCACUGUCUGUGUAU